UCAACAUCCGAUCCCCGUUCGGAUCGCUCUACAAGAAAAUCGUUGAAAUAUGACGACACCUUCAAUAUUGUCUGCUGCAGCACAUCUGAAACAUAUCCCGAAAUCGAGUACGUAGUGUACAGCGUCCCGUGGUUUUUCAUUGUUUAUGGAAACCUCCACAUAUUUGGACUUACUUCAUUGUUUCGAGGCGACCUUCAGUCUUCAUUCUCACCAUGCUUUGAAAUGGAUCUUGACUCACUUCGAAAUGCAACCCAAUUCGCAACCAUAUCUGCAAAGACGAGAAAGAAAGGCGAACUUGAAGUUGACUCAGGGUCAUGCGAUGCGGUGAACCACAGCUGGUGCUCUCCUUCUUCUUCAUCCUUUCCCUAG